GUUUGUGCCUCUCCUGUUGUGUGUUUCUGAGAAUGGCUCUAAUCUGAAUUCCCAAGGGGACAGAUCUCAAAAUCAGAAUAUUAGACACAUGGAUCUUUUCUGCAGGUUGCUGAGAGAUCCGUUGCCUUGGCUCUCCCUGUGAAAUGCGGGGUGACUCAAGCAUGCAGGAGACAUAGAUGUUCUCGUUAAAAGGAGAGACUGACGCUCCUAUUCCCGCGACAUCAUCAUCCUACACUAGUGGGGCUCCACGGUGUGCGAUGUGAUGCUCAGUGCUGCACAGUAGCAGCUACAGGAGCUGUGCUUGUCCCUGCCACAGGAGCACCGGAGGAGGACCGGAGCAGCGACCAGCAGGCUAUUACCGAGCACCGGACACCGAGCGAUGGCAUUUAUGGAUCGAUCAACGGGAGCGCGUUGAGGCUCUGAGUGAUGCAGUCUCUGUUUGGAGGAGGGGAGCUGGGGCUGCUGGGAGGAGGAGGCGGCGACGCCGGAGGCCUGAAGGAGGAUGGCUGUGGCAGUGUGGUGUGGCACUCCUCACAGCUGCCCCCCGGCGAUGUCUACUCGGCCUCCCACUUUGCCCUUAUCACAGCCUAUCAGGACAUCAAGACGAGGCUGUCCUGCCUGGAGCGCGAGAACACCAGUAUCAAGAGGAAGCUCAAGAUCUAUGAGAUCAAGUUCCCUAUGAUUAACGAGUUUGGGGAAGACACCAACUCCUACUGCUCUUUUGAGAGCAAAGAGACGGCGCUGCUGCACUCAGAAAAUGGCAACCUGCAGCAGAGGGUCAACGUCCUGACCCACGAGCUCCAGAAGAGGAAGGAGAGAGAGGAGCAACUGGAGGACGUGAUCCAGGCCUACGAGAAGAUUCACAUGGAGAAGAGCAACCUCCAGAGGGAUCUCGACAAAAUGAGCAAUCUGGUGGAGAAGCACGUGGAGCGUAUCCUGGGCCUGGAGUCAGCUCUGAGGCAGAGGGAAAACUCCCUGCAGAAACUCAACAUGCAGCUGCACAGCAAAGACAUGCAGUAUCUGCAGCUGCACGCCAGCUCGGACCAACACAUGCUGGACUGUCCAGCUUUGACCCUUCAGAGCUCCCGCAGCCUGGACACCCUGUCCGACCUGAAGCUGCAGCGGCUGGAGGCUGAGCUGGAGGGGGCGCGGCACGAGGCCCAUGGGGCAUGUCAGAGGGAAGAGGAGCUGAAGGGGGAGUGCGAGAGAAUGAAGGAGGAGAUGAGGAUGCUCCAGAACAGCCAGAGGGACAGGGAAAUGACUUCUCCGUGCAAGCAGUGUGAUGUGGAGUGGAUAAAGAAGGUGGGAGAUGAGCAGGUGAACUUGGCUCUGGCCUACACAGAGUUAACAGAGGAGCUGGGACGCCUCCAAGCGCUGAGCUCCAAGCAGACGGAGAUCCUGAGGAAAGCAUCACAUGAGCAGGCUAGUCCAGUCCAGCGGCACUCUCCAAUCCACCACCAGCGCCACUCUCCAGUGUCUCAGCGCCACUCGCCCAUCUCCCAGCGCCACUCUCCGGUCCCACCUCCGCAACACCACUCCCCAAUCCAACAGAGGCGCUCACCGGUGCGCCUCUCUCCAGACAUGCACCGCCGUUCACCCCUACUGGACGUCAAUGGCGGUCCCGCCUCUUACUCCUGCCGGCCUCCCAGCCAGCACCUGAGGGCCAGCUUCCAGGGCCGUCGCAGCUACUCCGAGGUUGCUGAUCCUUCCGCUUACCAGUGCCCACCCCGCUUCACCCUGGACCCUGUCGCCACCCUGCCUAAGCCUCGGCCCUACAUUGACGGCUACACAAAACAGCAGCAACAACAUGUGGGCUCUCCUCAUGGUGGACUGCAGCACAGAGGCUCCCCUUCUCCCCAUCAAGGUGGUGCAGGAGGAGACGGGGGCCUCGGCGAGAGCUCCAUGCGCCACUCAAGAGAGAUGCCAUUUCCUCUGUCUGACGUGGCCCACCUGCAUUUUGAGCCCCCUUCUCUUUCCACACCGGCCCCCCAGCCCCCACAAUCCUCUGAAGAUGAGGAGGAGUGGAACUGCCCGAAUCCCAUCAGCCCACCACGGACGCUGGGCGUGCUCUCGUCGGCAGUGCCCAGUGGCGUCAUGAGAGGCCCAGCAUCCUGCUCAGUCUUCCCCAUCCCUCAGAGGUCUAACAACCUCAGCUGCCACCCGCAGUCGGGGUACAUGUCAGCCGAGCACGCUCAGUCCUGGCCUUCAAUCAAUCUCUGGAUGGAGACGGAGGAGAGCGACAUGCGGAGCUGCCCUCUCUGCCAGCUGAUAUUCCCCAUCGGUUACCCCGACGAUGCCCUGAUCAAGCACAUUGACUCCCACCUGGAGAACAGCAAGAUCUAAUUGCCAUGGAAACCAGCCCGCACACAUCUGCGCUCUCCUCUUAUAGAUUAGGUAACAAGAUUGGCAGAAGGUGCUAUCAGAAAGUCAAUUGUAGAACCACCAGAUAGCCGUGUGCGAUUAUCAAUAGAAAUGGAUGCAGGGCCUGGUAUAUAUGGAAAGUACUUAAACCGAGGUCUCUCUUGGACUUCGGAGUCCUUUACCGAUCGCCCUUCAGACAGCUCUGCCUGCAUAAUCACUGGCUCUGGUUGCUGCUGUUUUGUUAUGAGUCUUGUUGUGUGGUUUCAGACAGUUUCAGGUAUUGUGUUGUUUUUCGCUUCACAGUGUAUUACACUUAGUUAAAAGCCAAAGACGAGGUACGAGAGGCACGCUAGCAGGUUCAGAGGGCUCUGCAUGUCAAAAAGUGAGUUUCAGUGUUCAUGGGUAAAUGAUCUGAGGCGUCCUGACAGACCAUUCUCACCACUUAGCUUUAAAUACUGUACGCUUGGACAUUUUCUAUCUCUCAAACAAAACCACAGAAACACUAUGUACACUAUAUUGCAGGGGAUUUUGUGCAGUAAGAGUCGAGGACAGCCAUCUGGUAGAAGCUGGCUUAUUAAAAUGAUCUGACAGAAUUGUUGUAUGAGUGAAGAGUUUUUGAUGCUGAAGUGAGGAAAGAACAACACUGUGAAGGAAUUCUGUAUGGCCAUCAGGGGUUGAUGCCAGUUCACUUUCACUUCUCGAAAACAAGGUUUUCAUGGCAGUUAAGAACGUAUAAAACAUUCCAGUCUCACAUUUCAUUUACUGAAAAAUCAAGCUGGAGAAUAUGAAUGUGAAAGUAUGUUUGGAUCAGUCCGAUGGCUGCUUUAUGAUGAUGCCCUGCAGGGUGGGGCGGUGGUGUUGAUGAGUCUUCUCUACGAGUGAAGGGAAAGUUUUAGUCAGAAUUUACCUUUUUGCUUGCGGCUUGUUCAAAAAUCUAAGUAUCUUAGCACUUUAAGUUGGCAAAGCCUUUACAAUGUAUCCGUUUUCAGUCCCCAUAAAUAUAUUUUCGAGGGAUAAUUUCAAAUUUAUAUUGUUAUUCUGUAAGGCAAAAAAAUAUGAAGAUAUAUUUUUGCAAAUGUUAAUGCACCACGUCUCAUGUUGGUGUGUUUCCCAUGUGCUUGCACACUGCUGUAUAUUAGAGGAGUUGGAGGUCAAAAUCCCACCGCAUGGGAUAUCUUUUCUGUACAAAUUAUUAACUGGGAUUCUCCUCGGUCUCCAUCAAGAUCUGACCUUCAAACUGUUUGAUGUCACAACUUCCCAGACCAAGCAACAAAGAAAUCAAAAAAAAGAAGACUCUCAGCUGGCUGCAUGAUAUCAAGACUUCUGACCGGCUUUGAGGGAAAAAAGGCAGAAUUUCUAACUGUACUAUAUUUCUGUCUCGAAGAACU